AUGGAGAUUCUUUACCAGCCCGAGACUAUGUUUACGCAGCAGUCAGGUGUGUUGGCCCAGGGGUCUCUGCAUCAACAAGGACUGUUUGUCUCACCCCGAGAAGUCUACUCAUACUACUCAUAUGACACCCCAUCGCGGACACCCACCCCAGAACAGCUUCCCCCGAAGCCAUACUCCCCACCAUCUCACACAAAGACACUGCAGUCAGUUCUAAUGGGAGAGGUCCCGGCUGCCUAUUCUCAUCUGACAUCAUCAAGUCCAUUACAGAGACCGUUGUCGAGGACCUCAUCCAUGGGGUCUCCGUCGUCAACAGAAUCUGUUCAGACUGAACCCAUGGACCUCUCGUUCAAAAGGAGUCCAAAUCCCUACAGUUGUGCUCACUCGGACAGAAGUGACGUAAAGUGCCACCAGGACGGACAGUUUUCUUUGUUGAGGAACUUGCUCAGUGUUGGGAAGUCUUCUUCUUCUUGCCAGAUGGAAAGGAUGUGCGAGUCCCCUUCAUCUCAGGACUCCUGGCCCAUGCACACAGUGACUGGAUCCACCAGGGUCACUCUGGCCAAGAAGAACAUGUUCCCAGUCUGUGCCAGAGUCUCUAACUGGCUCGUGAAGGUCGUCCAUUUCGCUAAAUCUAUUCCCGAGUUCAUUAAUCUUUCCCACGACGACAAGCUGACCCUGAUUCUCAAUUCCUGGAGCCGUCUGCUGCUGCUCUGUAUGGCGGAGAGUAACUUUCAGUUCGCCGUGACGCCACUGCAGUCGCAGUACGUCGUCAGUUCAGAGUCCCCUGCCGCUGACGAACCCACCAUGAAAUCCGUGGAAGGAGUCCAGUCGUUCAUCAGGAAGUGCCAACACAUGGACGUCGAGACAAAGGAGUAUGCUUUCCUCAAGAUGUUGGUUCUGUUCAAUGCAGUUCUAUUGUAUGGCGGGGAAAUGGGAGUUUUGUUGUCUGCCGCUAUCAUGAAAGUGUGCAUGCACCUCGUGUUCAUUGAAUUGGGAAAGCCGUCGCUGCGUUACAUUGGACUCGACAGACCGGAAGUAAUAGACAAACUCAACCUGUCGGUGCAGCAACUCCUGCAGCAGCACGUGGUCGACACGCGGCCCGAUGACGUCAUGCACUAUUCUCGUCUGCUCCUGAGUUUGCCCUCUCUGUACGGGAUCGACCACAGGAUGAUUGAGAACCUGUUCUGCAGACAUUUAAAUAAAAAUACGGACAUGGAAGUUUUGUUGAAGGAGAUACUUCAGAAUCUGUAG